AUGCCUGCCAAUGCCUGCCAACGCCUGCAGUCCCGUGCAGCUAUUUUGGGCGCCGACAAGACUGCUGGGUCACGUCUCUGCUCCACCUACACACCAGCGUCUGCCAUCUCCCGCACCGGCGCAUCCGCUUCGUCCACCACAUCCACCACCUCCACCACACUCACCACACUCACCACACUCACCACACUCACCACACUCACCACACUCACCACACUCACCACACUCACCACACUCACCACACUCACCACACUCACCACACUCACCACACUCACCACACUCACCACACUCACCACACUCACCACACUCACCACACUCACCACACUCACCACACUCACCACACUCACCACACUCACCACACUCACCACACUCACCACACUCACCACACUCACCACACUCACCACACUCACCACACUCACCACACUCACCACACUCACCACACUCACCACACUCACCACACUCACCACACUCACCACACUCACCACACUCACCACACUCACCACCAUGAUGCGCCAGGCGUGGCUCUUCGCCGCCCUCUUCGCCCUCGUCGCCAUGGCGUCGGCCUUCAACCUCGAGGGCCUGCACAUCGACGGCAUCAACGAGUACCUGCACCACAACGAGAAGCGACAGGCCUCAGGCACCGGUGCGAGCUCCACCCCCGCCGCCUCGUCGGCUGCACCAGCUUCCUCAUCCGCCGCUCCCCCCACCUCGUCAGCAGCACCGCCAGCAUCCAGCGCCGCACCGCCCGCCUCGUCUGCUGCCCCCGCUCCUACCUCGGACGAGCCUGCGACAUCAGACGCGCCCGCCCCGACCUCGGCCGCUGCCACCAGCAACAACAACAACGACAACACCAACGGCGGUGGCUCCUCGGCUGCCCCGACGUCGACUGCCCCUGUCCCCUCGAGCGAGACACAGGCCGCUGGCUCAGCCACACGCACUUCGGCAGCAGCUUCGUCGUCCGUCAGGACCACGCCCCUCGUCCGCACCACGCCCCUCGUCGCCACCUCGGUCCAGAUCUACACCACCAUCUACAGCACCGUCAUCAACGGCCAGGCUUCCCAGGUCACCUCGACUGGCUCCAGCACCCAUGUCACUACCACCGGCGAGGCCCUCGUCACCGACCCGCCCACCGCCAACGGCUCUUCCACCGGCGGCAGCAGCGGUCUGAGCGACAGCAACAAGAAGGUCAUUGGUGGUGUUGUCGGCGGUGUCGGUGGUGCUCUCCUCCUCGGUGGCAUCGCCCUCGUUUUCUGGCGCAUGAAGAAGCGCCAGUCCCGCGUCACCGAGGACGACGAUGACCUCAUGGCCGGCACCGGCGCUGCCCUCGGCGACAAGCCUGCCAACACGGGCGCCUCGCCCUUCCAGUCGAACCUCGAGCAGUACCACAACCCUGGCGGACGUCCAAACGCAGCAGCCAACUUCUAG